AUGCACGACAUGCUCACGCCGUCAAAACAGACCUACCUCGCACCCGCCCUUUGCGGGACGUGGGUCAAUUUCAUGCUGUACAUGCUCGAGCUGGUGUUGGCGUGGCAGUACUACACGGGCAGGCGGCUGUGUGCUCCGGGGGCAACGACCCCGCUUGUGCGCUGGCUUGUGGGCCUGCAGGUCACGGUAGAUACGCUGGGCACCGUUUUCGCCGCCGCGACGGUCUAUCUGCUGCUGGUGGUUCAUUGGGGCGAUCUCCCCUAUCUCGCGCAAACCCCUUGGUCCAUCGCGCUCUACUGCAUCACGACGGGCGUGAGCGCGUUCCUCGAGCAGAUCUAUCUUAUCUGGCGCUAUUUCAUCCUCUCGAAGAACUACUUCGUUUGCGUGCUGAUAUUACUGGAAGCCACGGCGUCGCUCGGCGCUUCGUUUGCCAUCGCCGUGUUGACAUUCAUGCAGCCAAUAGCAGCAAACCGCGGGCGAGCUAUGCCUCUCACACUAGUAUGGUUCAUCACCGGUGCUAUCGCGGACGUGGCCAUUGCGCUCGCGCUGGUUAUGCAGCUGCGGCGGUACAAGUCGCCGUACAAGCAGACGCAGCACAUCGUGCGGCGGCUGAUCGUGUCCGCGAUCCAGACGGGCUGCGUGACCGCGCUCGUGACCAUCUUCGCGCUCAUCGGGUUCGCGGUGUGGCCCCACACGGCGGUCUCGCUCGCGUUCGGCUUCUUCCUCGGCCGCGUCUACGGCUGCACGCUGCUCUACAACCUCGUCUCCCCGCGCCCGGAGGCCGGCGGCGCGGACGUGUCGCAGUCUGCUCCGGUUUCGUCCGGCCGCGAGCGGCGCGCGACGGUGUUGGAGACGUUUGGCGGUAUACACGUCCACCAAAUUGUCCAGAUCACCAAGGAUGCGGACGUUGACAUGAAGCGCUUCCCGGCGCCCACAAGCCCCGUGACCGACGUCGACGAGCUCACGGAGGGGGACGACGUGAGCACCCGGGUCUGCGGGGUGAGGAACUCGAAGGAUUCCGAUAUCUAA